UAUGCAUAAACCUUUCAACUUUCACCUGUUGACCCUGGUGGUAAAUAGAAAUAGUAAACAAGUCUUCAUUCAUUCAGUUUUACGUAUCUGAUUAACAUGGAGAAUAAGAGUUCAGAUGCAGACGUUAUUUACAAAUUGUUAAAAUCAAGUCGUGAUGCGAAGAAGGCUGCAUAUAUGCCAUACAGUAAAUUUCCAGUAGAAGCAGCCUUACUGUGUGCUGAUGGUACAGUUAUAACAGGUUGUAACGUAGAGAAUGCCUCCUACGGACUGUCUAUAUGUGCCGAAAGAACUGCAAUUGUUAAAGCUGUGUCGGAGGGGUAUAGAAAAUUUAAAGCCAUUGCUAUUUCAAGUGACCUGAAAAAUUCUCAUAUAGUUCCAUGUGGAGCUUGUAGACAGUUCUUAGUAGAGUUUGGAACCGACUGGGAUGUUUAUAUGACAAAACCAGAUUUAUCUUAUAAAAUGAUGAAAACUGGAGAAUUACUUCCCUUGAGUUUUGUUCCGGAAUCUUUAGAAGAGGAGCGACUUAGUAAUUCAAUUAAAGGAUAAUACGGUCAGAGAAUCUAAUCAAGCAGCAGUUCAAUUUCAUGUGCAUAGUGUAUAUAGUUUUACAUACAGGAACCUUUACAUGAAACUAGAACGGAACAUCUUUCCAUAUAGUAACUGAAACUUGGGUUCAUUGUAUGAAUGACCGUGUAAUGCACAUGUCCGAAAACAAGACAAUACUCAUAUUAUUUGGACAGUGACAUUGUUUUUAUAUAUUUAGUAGUUCAUACUUAGAUAUGUUUCACUUAACAUAGGCAACUAUAUAACAAAAUUGUUGUGUUUUUUUUCGAACAUUUUUUACUAUACAAGAAAUUUUUGUUCGUAGAGUUAUGCACUAUGAAAAGCUUAAGUUUAUUUUAAGGAUUAUUUUAGAAAGAUCGAUAUCAAAGAAUCAAUGAAGUCAAAUUGUACAAAUAUACAGAUUGAAGACGAGUUUAAUUUCUUUAUUGUAUGCAUUGCAAAUGAAAAGCACAGAACAUUUUUCAAGGAAGCAUGCAUCAUUGAAUGAAAACAAAACCAUUAUCUUUAAAAGUAUACAUAAAAAUGUACGUUCAGUUGAUUUGGUCUACGUCUUGUUAGAGUUCGAAAUUGCUAUUAAUUCAUCAGAUGAUCAGAGUCAAAAUUGAAAAAACCUGUUUUGAAAUAAAGAAGAAAGGACCAGAGAUGCAUGUACCAUUAAUGUUUAGAACUGUAUUCUCUUAAGAUUUAGUUAAUUAUUUAUAAAGGAAGAGGAAUUCAAAGUAUUGUUAUUCAUUUUGAACAUGCAAUAGUGUUUUUGUUUUGUUGAAAUAAAAGUAUUAUUAUUUUGAA